GAAGUUUGUUGCCAUGUGAAUCAAUGAGAUCUGUACCCUCAGGACUUCUCGCACUACUGACAUUGCCAGACCGGCACACUAUCUGUAUUUGCAAAGGUUGUCAACUAAAUCUUUCCAUGAGCAGUAAGAUAUUUCUGCGAACAAGCACAUCGUAAUCAACUUCUCAAAAGUGAAGGAUAUACACAAACGCUCACUCGUCGGCACUAAAGGAGGACACAGCAUAGUAUGGCGCAGGCCAUGGCUGCCCUGCGCUCAGCAGCUGUGGCAUCUGCAGCGCUGUCCUUGCGUCAGCCCCAUCUGCGCAGAGCAUUGCCUGGUCUGCACCAGCACAUCAGCACAGAGCGCACCUUUCCAACUCCCAAACCAGGGCCAGCAAUGAAGAGUGCCAACUUCAUUCCUCGGCGCUGUCUUUCUUUCAGAACGGCUGCUUUGAGCAGCAGCAACGGCAGCUCAAAGUUUGGAGGCGGCUUUGCCAACGGGCGCAAGGUGGAAAAGAUCGGAGAGCAGUAUGUGGUCACAUUCGGCAAUGAUGAGGAGUCAAGUACAGCCUCAACCAGCAAGCAGUCCUGGAUAAAGCGCCUCACUUUGAGCUCCGCUGAGAAGAAGAAGGUGUUCUGCGAGUUUGUCACCCAGGCUGCUUUCAACUUCUGCUCGUGCAGCAUUGUGGCUGCGGCCGCCAUGAAUGCAGGAGGCAACGCCCUUCUGUCCACCGGCUUAGUCAUGGCCGCCCACAUGGUGCUGCUGCCUCUGUUGAUCUUCACAUUUGGGCCCGUCAGCGGAGCGCACUUCAACCCCAUGGUCACUGCUACCUUCGUGGCCACAAAAGCCAUGGCACUCAAGUUGGGAGUUGCCUACAUCAUAGCACAGGUCCUUGGUGGCGUUGUGGGCGCAGCUGCCGCCUUCUCCAGCUUGCCAGCGGCGCUUCAGACUGCAGCAUAUGCCGGCAUUAACGCUGUCCCAGCAGACCACACUGUACUGCAGGCUUUCAUGGGAGAGGUCUAUGCCUCGUUCGUAUUCAUCUCCGUCUUGUUUGGGACAGUCGUGGACAAGAGGGGAUGGGGCCGGCUGGGCCCCAUAGCGGUGGGGCUGAUAGUGCCGCUGCUGAUGUUUCUGGAGGGCUCCGUCAGCAGCAUGUGCAUCAACCCGGCGCGCGCUUUCGGCCCGGCCCUCGUUUCAGGCGUGUGGGACAACCACUGGAUCUAUUGGACCGCCCCGUUCCUCGGGGGCGUUCCUGCCGGCCUCAUCUACUCCAAGUUCUUCACUGCAGAGGCGCUGAGCAAGGGGACAAAGACUGCUGGGGCGCCUGAAAAGGCGCCUCCGCUGCUGCUGCAGGAGUGGCUGAAUGGCUCCCCGCUCAGCAUGCGGGCAGGCUCCCAUCUCGUGCUCAACUUUGACAGCAACCCAUUCGCCUCCAGCAGGCGCGCACCACUGAGUUAA